GUUGGAGGCAGAGAAUUAAGACCGAAGGCAGCUCUGGCUGCAGAGCCACGGUUAAGGCUCCCGGCCGGGCGGCUCCGCGGAAAACAGAGCAGUGAGGAGUACCGGGGGUCGUGCCUAGGGAUCGGAGGUCCGAGCCGGCCGCGUGGAGGGUUGACCUCCCCACACCUCCGUCCUUCCCGUAGAUGUCCCAAAUGGAGCUAGCCUUGGACCCCGGUGACCAGGACCUGCUGGGCUUCCUGCUAGAGGAAAGCGGAGAUUUGUGGGCUGCUCCCGACGAGGCCUUGGAGGCUCCGCUGGACUGGGAGCUGUCACCUUCCGAGAACUCUGUGCAGGCUCUGAGUGACUGGGAGGUAGAAGACUUGUUGAGCUUCCUGCCCAGUCCCCCGGCGUCGCUGGACGUUCUUAGCUCCUCCGACUUUUCUCCUGUCCAUCACGAUCACACCUACUCCCUCCCACAGAAACAUGUCUGCAUAGAUCUAGAUAGUGGGAGCUACGGAAAGGAGGAGGCCUGGAUGACUCCAGUGCAUGGAGAGGAGCCAGCAGAGCAGGAGAUUGCUAACCUGGUACUGACAGAGGAGGAGAAGAGCCUUUUGGAGAAGGAGGGGCUGAUUCUGCCAGAGACACUUCCUCUCACUAAGAUGGAGGAACAAGUUCUGAAACGAGUGCGGAGGAAGAUUCGAAACAAGAGGUCUGCUCAAGAGAGCCGCAGGAAGAAGAAGGUGUACGUGGGGGGUUUAGAGAGCAGGGUCUUGAAAUACACAGCCCAGAAUCAGGAGCUACAAAACAAAGUACAGCGUCUAGAGGAACAGAAUCUGUCCCUUCUAGAUCAGUUGAGGAAACUCCAGGCUAUGGUGAUUGAAAUAUCAAACAAAACCAACAGCAACAGCAGCUGUGUACUGGUUCUACUGUUCUCCUUCUGCCUCCUCCUUGUACCUGCGAUGUACUCCUCCAACACAAGGGGGAGCCUGCCAACUGAGUAUGUUGUGUUGUCCCGACGGCUUCGUGCUCUCCCCAGUGAGGCCCAUCACCAACCAAAACUGUCUCUGCUGCAGCCAGAGGUACCAAAUGACAGCAAAAGCCAGUUGUUGGAUAGCUCAGACCUUGUGUUCCAGGCCCCUGGCAACUUCUGUCUGCUGGACCACAUGCCUCAGACUGCUCAGGCUGAGCCUUCACUGCAGUGGUCACUCCCUGACCUUCUCCCAGACCCCCCCUGCCCAGGUCCCAUCCUUCCCCUGCAAGCAAAUCUCACAAGGAAGGGGAAACAGCUUCUUACCCACAGCCCCUCAUCUGUCAUCUUGCAGGGCAGAUACUCAGGUUAGAUGUGAGGAUAUGGGGUAUCUUA